AUGAUUGUGGAUGAGGUGCCUAAAGUUCCACCUGACUCAAAACGUCCCGCUGAUGAUGUCGACGUCAUGGAUACUGAACCCGACGCCCCUAUUCCCAAAAAAAUGAAGUCUUCACCAGCACAAAAACUCGACAUACCAUGCUUUAUUCCGACGCUGAAAGUCGAUGAUAUUGAGAAGACCGUGCCUUCAACUUUGUUGAAACAGGUGAAGCUUGCCCUGAGAUGUCAUCUCAGCCCUUUGAAUCUGCCGGAAGUUUGGCCCACAGUGUUGAUCAACGGCCCGCCUUUUUGUGGAAAAACCACACUUAUCAAGGCCAUCGCAGGGACUCUUCAGGUAAAUUAUCUCUCUGUUGCUGUAGGCCUCGUUACUCCAACUAUUCGUACCUGGCGCGAAAUUUUCAAUCAGGCUAAGACUAAUUCGCCCUGUAUUCUUCAUAUUGAUGCCAUUGAUUGCAUGGAGAAACAUAAUUCCCCUGUUGGAGCCUUCCGCGUCACCUGUUUAUUGAAAAACGAACUCCUUACAGAAUGCAUUGGUACCGGUAUUGUGGUUGUUGGUGAAACUCGUAAACUUACGGCGAGCCUUCCGCAGGAUGUUACCGACCUAUUUACCCAUAGGUUUACCUUUGGUAUGAUGGAGGAAUCGUGUCGGUUAAGUCUCCUCUCUCGUUUUCUUAUGGACGAUGUUUCAACCCCAAACGACGAGGAUGUGCCUCCCAUACAAGAGAGUUCUCAGCUUACGUUGGCGAAGGAUCUUACCAUACGAGACAUUGCUCACCGCACACCAGGCUACGAAGCUGGCGACCUUGUUCGCCUAGUUCUUGCCCUUCGUAUGGAAUUAAUGGCUAGAUCAGAGGAAGAGGCAUCCAGGAUAGACGAGUGCAAGUCGUUCGGUCGAGUGACACGAGAUGUGUUGGACACGGCCUUGAAUCAAGUCACACCAGCAGCUAAAAAUACAGCGGAAUUUGUGACAAUUCCCGAUGUGACAUGGAAUGAUGUUGGUGGACUUGAGGAAACUAAAGUGCAUCUCAACAAUCAAUUUAUGGUACGUUUCCUUCAUCUUCUUAUAGACGACUGGGAGAGGGCGCAGGCACUGCGAAGGCGAUCUGGAGGUAUUUUGUUGGAAGGACCCCCCGGAUGUGGCAAGACACUGAUUGCCAAGGCCCUCUCCAACACUGCCGGGCUCAACUUUCUCUCUGUUAAGGGUCCGGAGGUUUUAAACAAGUUUCAAGGUGAAAGCGAGCGUCGAAUAAGGGAAAUAUUUGAGCGAGGACGAGCAUGUCAACCUUGUCUCAUCUUUUUUGACGAAAUCGACGCUAUUUGUCCACGACGAGAUGGUGAUGAAGCCUCAGGUAGCCGAGUCAGUGUGGUGAAUCAGUUAUUAGUGGAAUUGGAUGGAAUCGACAAGUAUCGACAGGCGAGGGUGUUUGUGGUGGGGGCGACAAACAGGAAGGACAUGAUCGAUGAAGCAGUUUUGAGAUCAGGGCGCUUGGGUCUGCAUUUGUAUGUCCCACCUCCGGCGUCACAGCGUGAGAGAGCUGACGUUCUCUCCGCGUGUACUCGUGAAGCUACUGCUCCAAGAAUUGAGGGCGGAAUGGAUGUGUUGCAACGUGUUGCAGCCGACCGUCGAACUGAAGGAAUGAGUGGUGCGGAUUUGGAAAAUCUACUGGAAAUGGCAAAACUAAAAGCUCAGUUGGCGAAGAGAGAUUUCCUCGUUGAAGCUGAUUUGGAAACCGCUUUGAAUGAGUUGAAAAGGAGUUAG